AUGGAGGAAAAGAUUCCUCAGGUUGUCCCUGUAGAAUUUAUAAAACAUCGAAGCAUUAAUCGAACAGAGCAAGAAACGGUUAACACGGUAGAAGUCACAUUGAGCUGGAUAGACCCGAUUUACAAUUACCCUACAUCUAGUGAGGUCUCCUCGGACAGGUUGAAGGCAAGGCGCCUGAGGUUCAAAGCCGCACGGUUUGCUACUGUUGCAGUCGACUACUUCACUGAGUGGGCUAAAGCCGAGCCUGUCAUAAAAAUCACAGAGCAGAAGGUGGUUGACUUUGUCUGGAAGAACAUUGUCUUCCGAUUCGGAAUCCCGCGCACUAUCGUAUCUGAUAAUAGCAGGCAGUUCGAUAACGACAAGUUUCGAGGCAUGUGUCGGGGGCUCGGCAUUUCGAACGCGUAUUCUUCACCUCGGCACCUUCAAUCCAAUGGACAGGUGGAGAUGGUCAACAAAGUCAUCAAGCACCAUCUCAAAACAAAAUUAGAGAAAGCGAAAGGCAACUGGGCCGAGGAGUUCCCAUUCGUCCUCUAG